UAUAAAAUGGAUUCUGAAUAUUUCUACAUGAUUUGUAUCCUGGUUUCCAGUUUGCUGUUAUUCCUUACAGUUUAUUUAAUGAUAACGCUGGGAGAUCUUGAAUCUGAUUAUAUUAACAGCAGAGAUUGUGCGGCAAAAAUGAAUUUUUGGACUCUUCCAAGAAUAGGACUGCAGAUUUUGCACAGUGUGGUCCUUCUCUGUUCUGGAGAGUGGAAAAUAUUAAUUAUUUCUCUUCCCUUCUCCUCCUGGCUUGUUUAUAGGAAGUUGAAGCAAGCUCCAGGACAUUCAGGCCUAUAUGAUCCAACAGAGAUCCACAACAGGGAUAAGCUGAGAUUUAACUUGGCAGAAUGUCUAGGUUUUAUGGGAUAUCAUCUGGCAAGUUUUUUCCUGUACAUGUAUAUGAUUGUGAGUACGCUGACCGGAAACCCAGAUAACCCAACUGUAACCAAGGAAGUACCUUGGUAGAUCGGUGACCUGAUUUUUGUGAAAAUUUAUAGUUUUUUUUUUGUAAAAAGUUCUUUUUUAAGAAAUUUGAACCGAAAAA